AUGAUUGCUGAUAGUCAACUCACAAAUGACAGCAAGAACGUGCUACGUUUCUUCAUAGUCAGACAUGGGCAGACAGACCAUAAUAAGAAGAAGAUCAUGCAGGGCCAUCUGAACACCGCCUUAAAUGAGGAAGGUUUCCACCAGGCAGCAUUAGUUGGUGAACGAUUCAAAGACGUUCCGAUCGAUGCAUUUGUGUCGUCUGAUCUAACCAGAUGUCAACAGACAGUGGGCGAGAUUUACCAGCAUCACAAGAUCAAAGACGGCAUUGAUUUGAGACUCACGCCUAAUCUGAGAGAAAGGGCCAUGGGCGAAGUGGAAGGAAUGUACCUCAAAGACGCACUGGAAAAAUACGGACCAGCCUUUAGAAGCCUUGGGGAAACCAGAAAAGAACUUUUGACACGUUUGUGGAAAGAAUGGGACGAAAUAGUGGAUUAUGGCGUUGAAAAUGAUUACACUAAUGUGCUGAUAUGCACUCAUGGAGGAGUGAUUACCAAUUUCAUAAACCAUCUUUAUUCUGAUCUGAAAUAUGGACUGAGUGAUUCGAUCACAGAGGAUGAUUUAAAAGUGCCUUUCAACACGAGUGUUACAGUGGUUGAUGUGGAGAAGAGUUCCAAGAAGGGUAUCAUCCAGAGUUUUGGUGAUACCUCGCAUCUGGGGGCUCAAUUAAAGGUUAAGGACCAGCAGCUGAGAUGA